GCGGCAGGUGGGGCCCGUCACACCUGGCCGAUAUCAAGUUAUCACAACGCGUCCACCUGAAGAGGCUGACGAGACGGGCUGCCCAGGGCGGGGCGGGCCAGCGUGCCGCCCCCGUCGUCCCGCACUGAGGCGCGACGCGGCUGCCGCCUCGCCUCACCUACGGCGGGCCGAGCCAGAGCACAGGUGCGGCGUGUCGGGCCGAGGCGGCGGUGCUGUGAGGGCCGGAGUGCUUCCUUCAGCGCCAUUUGACUCACUAGUGACGGGCAAGUGUCGCCGCGAGGGUGCUGAGUCGCGCAUGUCUCCAGCUGACCGUCCAAGGCCCCGCCCAAGGCUCCGCCUCCUCCAAAGGACCUCCCCCGCCCCCUGCGACCUCCUCUCCAAGGCGGAGUCUCGCGGCUGGCUCGGUGCCUUCCCGUCGCCGCCACACGCCCGGGACGGCUUGCCAAUAUGAUAUCCAACAUUCAUACCUCCAAGUAUCAUAUGCCAACUCAUAAUUCAUAUCGAGCAGCAAACUAUGCUCCAAAAGUGUAGUGCACGGCCUGGCGGCGCUCCGCCCACGUAAGCGACCCCGCCCUCCCAGGGACGGUGCCCCGCCCCCGGCAGCGUGAGCGGGGCGCGGCGGGUGGUUGAGUGGGGCCGAGCCGGGGCUUCAGAGCAGUGGGAACCCCGGCUGCGUGCGGUGGUCCUGCUCUUCGCCGCCGCUCUUACCCGCUAGUGUCGGCCAGCGUCGCGCCGCGGACCGUCACAAACACCCGGUGGGUUGCUGUCACCCGGACAUCUGUCAAGCACGUGUUGACCUGUGACGCCUUGUGUUAGGGAAGUGGUGGCCGCGCCAGUGCGAGUACCUUGUGACGUUUGUGUCUCAGAAUAGUAAAGUGCCGCCGCCUGAAGCUUCUCGCUGCCUCAGGUCUGCUGUGACACCCGCCGCCAAGACUGACAACCGUCGCAGCCCAGUGGCAGGGGCCGCCCAGUGUGUCGCCGGGGUGUCUGACCGUGGGGCUCGUGCGUGUUGAGCGGCGGCGGCCCCAAGAUGUGGCGGCGCCGGGCAGCGACAGCGGCAGGGGCCCCGGCAAGUGCUUAAGUCGCCUCGCUGCGACGAUGCCGAGCUCUGAAGGUGAAGUGGCGACAACCCAAGUGACGAGCGACGAGCAGCGGGACGCGGCCAGCCGCCUGCAGGACACGACCAUGGCCCAGGUGGCGCCCGAAGUGGUGAUUGGCAGGUCGCCGGCGAGGAUCAACCCAAAGAGGAAACCCGACAAGUCAAAAAUAUUCAGAAUACGAACAAGUGAGGCGGACGAGCCGUACAUCUGCCCGUACUGCCGCGUGGAGCUGGUGUCCCGCGAGCAGCUGGAGGAGCACCGGCUGACGUGUGGCCGCGAGCCGCCAGUGUUGCCGGUGCCCGACACGCCCCGCGCCCUAGCCCACGACGUUGACCACCCGGACGAGGUGCGGCGCCACCAGGACGUGGCCAACAACAACCAGGCCCACGCCCUCAAGGCACGGGAAGCGCCCGAGCCCGCCACGCCCGAGUCCCGCGAGUCUUCGGUGGACCGGAACAAUGGCUACGACAGCGACAGCAACCCUGUCGAGAGCGGCUCCCUGGCACAGAUCAGGCAGCUUCUGGCGCAAUCUGCCGGCCUGCCUCAGGUAGGGCCCAUCGCGCAACAGCUGGCACAGUCCAACUUGGCGCUGGAGGCCAUUCAGAACACCAGGAUGGCUCUGGCGCAAUUCGCCACCUCCGCCAUGAACUCCAACACUAACUCCAACAACCCGCAGACGAUGCAGGAGUUUGCGCUGCUGCAGGGAACCUUAUACACGUUGCAGCACCAGCAGAUGAUGCAACUGCAGCUCAUCCAGCAGCUGCAGGCGCAGCUCUCUAUCAAGAGCAAAGAAGGAAGUCCCAGCCUCCCGAAUUUCCCCGAGGGAGAGUCCAAGAACGCGAGCGAGUCCAUGGACCGACACGAGAAGCCCUCCACUCCCCCGCCCGUCCCCAGACCUCCGCCGCCCCCGACCACCGACAGCAGCCACGGCGUCAGCAGCUCCUUCAUCAGCUCCCUCAUGGAGAGGUUUAAGGUGCCGCCCACCAACGAGUCCAAUGCCAGUGAGCGGCCGCCGGUCAGCUCACCGCUCUGCGCCGCAAGCACCAGCGGGCCGCCGCCGCCGCCGCCAGACAUACGCGACCGACCGAUCUCCCCGCCGAUGACGGCCUCCAGCAUCGCGUCCUCCGUAAUUCAGCACACCGACCCGCCGCCGCCCGACGAGCCCAACACCCUGGAAAUGCUGCAGCGCACCGCUAACAACGUCCUCAACAGCGCCUCCCAAGGACUCCUGACGAACCGACUAAUCGACGACCACAAGCCCAGCGACGGCAAGGACCCUUACUACAAGCACCGCUGCAGGUACUGCGGCAAGGUGUUCGGCAGCGACUCGGCUCUUCAGAUUCAUAUCAGAUCACACACUGGAGAGCGGCCCUUCAAAUGCAACGUGUGCGGCAACAGGUUCACCACGAAAGGAAAUCUCAAGGUUCAUUUUCAGCGGCACGCAGCGCGGUUCCCCCACGUCAAGAUGAACCCUCAUCCGGUGCCCGAACACCUCGAUAAGUUUCACCCGCCGCUGCUGGCCCAGCUGGGGGAGCUGAAGGACUUUCCGUCUCCUCCUACUGGGCCGCCUAACCCAUUCACCUCACUACCCGGCGGCCCCGCCUUGCCUCCGUACCGCCUGCCCGGCCCGCCACCGUCACUCGACCUCCACCGACCCUUCAACCUCCUGAACUUGGCUCGUCAGGGAAGGGAGGAGGAACCAGAGAACCUGAGCAUUUCUGAGCCUCGUUCUUCGCCAGACUCUUUGGACCGAAAUUUUAAACCCGAAAAAGGCGACUCUAAUAGAAUGGAAGUGGACGAAGCGCUGAGGUCGCCUCAUUUCGAGACAAAAAACGACACUAACGACCGAAGCAGUGUGGUGGACAUGGCGGAGGAGAGUCAGACCAGCGACUCCACCUUCAGGAACGACAAAAUGUUCGAUAUCGAGAAAAGAUUUGACCAAGAGAAGAGCUUUGACAAUGAGAAGAGAUACGAGGAAGAGAGGAGUUUGGAGAAUGAAAAGAGAUACGACGGAGACGACCGAAGCAGCGAGGAAAAGGCUCUAGAUGAGCUCAAGAAGCUGAACGAGGACAGCGCCUUCGAGGAGACGAGCUCCGCCUUCAAUAAGAAGUACGAAGAUGACAAGCUCGAGGAAGACAAGUUCGAAGAAGAAAAGUUCGAGAGCGAAAACAAGUUCGAGGGAGACAAAUAUGAAGGUGAGAAGUUCGACAACGAUUCUAACUUUGAAAGAGAAAGAAGAUUAUCCAAGGAAAAUUUUCUUGACUCUCAGGAGAUGAGAGCCUUAAUGGAGAAGAAGAGUCCCGAUCGGGACCUCAACAGCGACCAGACGCCUCUCGACAUUAGGAUCCGAACCGAGCGAGAACUCAAGGACUGCAAUGAUGGAGGCGGUAGUGGAGACAACGCCGGCGGCGGUGCCCGAGUCGCCAAAGAAGAACAGGAUAGGGACAGCACCGACGCUCGGUCCGUCACCUCUGAACAGCCGACCGACCUCAGAAUGCGUCCGGACUUUCGCCCGCUGGGGCUGCCAACCAUCCCCUUCUCGGGUCCAAGAAUGCCCCUCAGUUUCCCGUUUCUCCAUGGACUUCCUACCUCAUUCCCGGGACCCAUGGGUCCCCCUCCCAAUAUGGCGGCAAUGCCACCCGGCAUCGACCCCGCCAAAGACCCACAAAUCUACACCAACCUCCUUCCUAAACCGGGCAGCACCGACAACUCGUGGGAGGCACUCAUCGAGAUUCAGAAGACAAGCGAGACCAUGAAGCUCGAGCAGCUCGUAAACAACAUCGAGAACAAGCUGACAGACCCCAACCAGUGUGUGAUCUGCCACCGCGUCCUGUCCUGCAAAUCGGCCCUCCAGAUGCACUACCGGACCCACACGGGCGAGCGUCCCUUCAAGUGCAAGAUCUGCGGACGAGCGUUCACCACCAAAGGCAACCUCAAGACUCAUAUGGGCGUGCACCGCGCCAAGCCGCCCAUGCGCAUGCUACACCAGUGUCCAGUGUGCCACAAGAAGUACACCAACGCACUAGUCUUGCAGCAGCACAUCCGGCAGCACACGGGCGAGCCUACAGAUCUCAGCCCCGAACAGAUCGCCGCCGCCGAGGUGAGGGACUACCCGCACCUGCACACGCCCACCUCCUUGCCCCAAAUGAUGCCCUCAGGCUUCCCGCUCCCUCCUCCGCCACUACAGGGCUUCCCGCCCCUACCUCUCCACCUAAGGUUCCAGCUGUCCCCGGAAGCCAUGCGGCACCGCGAGCUGCUCGAGAGCGAGGAGCGCGCCACCGAGGAGGAGAAGUACCUGCGGCCCUUCAGCACCUCGUCGCGCUCCUCCUCGACGGGCAGCGCCGAGCAGCGUACGGCGGAGGACCUCACCAUGCGGGCCCGAGAGGACUCCUACAACGGCAUGACUUCCCCGCGAGUGUCCGUGUCGCCCACGCCCUCAGACUACUCAGACAUCGGCGAUCGAUCACACGACGCGCCCGGCGGCGACAGCCUAGUGUCGCCGUCUGAUCCGCAGCAGGCGUUGGGCAGCGCCGUCAGCCCAGCCGUCAGCACCGGCAGCCAGGAUGGCGGCAUCUCCCUCCCGCUGGACCUUGUGUCCCGCCCCCAGCACAACCUGUACUCCCCGUUCGGUCUCUUCCCGCCGCCCCUCACCACCGCCGCCAUGACGCCGGGCACGCACAGUCUGCCGGGCCUCAACCCGCUCUUCCUGCCCAACAUACCAGGUCGAGGCAACACCACCUGUCAGCUGUGCUUCAAAACCUUCGCGUGCCAGUCAGCCCUCGAGAUCCACAUCCGUUCCCACACCAAGGAGCGCCCCUUCAAGUGCUCCAUCUGCGACCGAGGCUUCUCCACUAAGGGGAAUAUGAAGCAGCACAUGCUGACCCACAAGAUCCGUGACGGCUGUCGUGACCUGCCGCUGCCCCACGACGCCGCCCCCUCCAAGCCCAAUGGCACCGGCGCCUCCACCCCCGACAUCUCCUCCACCUCUCCAUCCCUCACAUGCCACCUCCCCCUCUCCCUCCCCCCCUCCUUAGUCACCUCCCUCCCAGCCACUCUGGCCUCCCCACUCCCCACUUCUCUCCACUCUCCUCUCCCCACUUCCCUUCAUUCCCCGCUUCCCACAUCCCUCCAUUCUCCACUUCCUACUUCCAUCCACUCCCCACUCACCACCUCCAUCCACUCGCCGCUCCCGCCCUCCCUCCCGCCCGCCGUGGCCGCCGCGCUGCUCCACCAGGCAAGGGAGGAAGAGAAGAUGGUCGACUUCAGAGUGAAGAGAGAGCGGGAGGGAGAAAACGCACUGCCAGUGCCCAAGCGACCCUCGGGUCCCGGGUGCGAGGGUGACCUGCUGGAAGGUGCGUCCCCCGAGGCGGAGCCCCAGCCCACCCCCGAGCAGGCCCCGUGCCCCUCCCCCGCCCCCGAAGUCAUGCCCCUCGCACACACGUGAUCUCCGCCACUCCUAGACGACUGAGGUGGUCCGUGGCCCCGUCAGAAGCCAGCUACCCACGUGGGCCCCGCCCCGCUGACACGGCGAGCACCGCCACCCUUCAGCCGUUUGUCACGAUGCCUCCGGCCCCGCCCACACGCCGAGGGCGCGGCGCAGCGAGGCGCCGUGUGAAAGCUGCGGGAGGCACAAAGGUCGGCGGUCAGACUGUGCACUCCGGGAGGACGAAGAGUUGACGGUGCAUGGCAGACCCUGCGCUGCCACGAUCCUCCGUGACCAAGGUGGCCCCUCUCCCGCCCUCCUUCCCGACCCGUGAGCGGCGGCAGCAGCAGUAGCGUCGCGCCCUAAAGUGGCUCUUGUUCCCAUGAUGCAAAGCUGCCACCUUCGCGCAGCUGGACAACCCUCACAAUCCUUUCAGGUGUUUAGUUCACGUGUCGGCAGAGAAGUGUGACCCGCCUCAGAGCGUCCCUCCGGGGCCCGUCUGACCGCCCCUCGUGCACCACCUUAGUUCCUCUCACUCUAGUCUCCCGUCCCCCUUGGUUGGCCCCGCAGCCCCGGCUAGACACUCCGCCGCCACGACCAGCAGGACCCGCCAGUGCACGCCAGGUCGCGCCGGCUGAAGCUGUGCCGCCCCGCCUCAGCGGCCCAGCUCGGCCAGCCAGCCACCGGGAAGCGCGUGACCCCGCCUGACCCCAGCGGUCCGGGAUUACGUCACACGCACUGUCUUUGUGAAUGGGCAUUUUAUGACAACCCUGAACUCUGUGAUACUCUAGUUGAUUUUUCCUUGUUAUUGGAGCACCCUGUGCGUCGCCCAGAGCAGCCCCGGACACGCCUGCCCCGCGCAACGAUACCCAUGACUCCCAGACACUUGUGACCCGCUGCGCGCCGCUCCAGUGCCGCCGAACAAACGGUGAACAGUAAACAGUGAACGGUGCAAAACAGUGAACACGGUAAAGGCAUAUACAUGUGGAGGGCGACGGUGCCAAGCUGCUCCUGCUUCCCUGCACGGUACAUUUAAUAAAUGGCCGUGACUCUCUCUCUCUCUCUCUCUCUCUCUCUCUCUCUCUCUCUCUCUCUCUCUCUCUCUCUGCGACAAACAGUGCAAUACCGGCCACCGAGGCGGCAGCAAGCUGCUGUGCCCCUCACGGCGCUGGUCUCCCCAGGCAGAAAAAGACGCCAGGCCCAGGGCGGCGACGGGCGGAUAUGUGAACGUGCACGUGUGUGUGUGUGUGUGUGUGUGUGUGUGUGUGUGUGUGUGUGUGUGUGUGUGUGUGUGUGUGUGUGUGUGUGUGUGUGUGUGUCCCUCCAAAACUUCGCAAGCCCACCAGUACUGCAUGCGAAACCACAAAGGCCACUUCAUCCUAUCUGCAAGAGCUGGAUUGUUUUGUUUGAUAUGAUGACUUAUCCGAGCACAAACAUGAAAGCCUUCCUCCAUCUUCCUACUUCUCUGUCACUUCCCUUCCUUUUAACCGUGUGUGUGUGUGUGUGUGUGUGUGUGUGUGUGUGUGUGUGUGUGUGUGUGUGUGUGUGUGUGUGUGUGUGAAUCUCUCUUCCUGGCCUGUCGUCGCAAUAACACAAGAAGAGGGUGAAGGCGGUGCAGGUCUGCCUCUUAAAACAUAUCCCGAGCGAGGGAGUCGGUCGGUCGGAAGGGUCGGUCGGUAUGUCGGUGUGUCUGUGUUCUUCUGAGAGGAAACAAACAAAAUACAAAAUAGAAAAGGUUGACUUGCGCUGCUGAAACUUGAAUCCCCUUGUCCUCCCUGCCCCCCCCCACCCCCCCACCCUUUCCACUACUCCUUCCUCAACACGCCCACUCUCCUGCGUCGCUCACUCCCCCCCCCACCAUUCCACUUACAUAUCCAUGCCGCUACCAUGCCCAACCUACACACACACACACACACACACACACACACACACACACACACACAAUUUGAAAGAGGCGCAGUUCAGACAGACUACACCCCCUUUCUUCACCUUCACUACCACCCCUCUCACCACCACCACCACCCUCACCACCGCUGGACGUGGUCACCCAUCGGCAGCGCAGGAGUCGUGUUUACCUCAGUAGUUCAUGUCUGUUACAGAGACAGCAACAACAAUAACAAUAACAACAACAGUAAAAGACUCUUCUUGCUGCUAUAACAUUAAUAAAAAAAGGAAAAAAAUCACCCUCGCACGGAAGUCAAACUUUCAAUAUUUUGUACAAUUUUAAUGGAUUAUAGACGAUUACCGGUAGAUUUCUCGCUUUUUUAUGAGGAAGAAAAUAUAUAUGUAGUGUCCCUGUAAAAACGAUGUUUAGAUAAAAUUAAAAGCCAAUAUGAUAUCAGUUAAUAAGAUACAGAUUCAUAUGUUGUAGAUAAUCAAGUCACACGUGGAAGGAGGCCGAAGUUUGUCUAGCAUUAGAGCACACGCAUGCCUGUACGCUGGCUAUUUAUCAUAUCAGAUCUCUACUCUAUGUGUACGUGUGUGACGUAGAUGCUGCCACGAAGGGUCAAAGGAGCAGGUUAAGGAUGACGAUAAUAGAGUUAAGGUUACCCCGUAGACAUAGACGGCUUCACACAGCAGCACCCUCAUCCCCCACCCUUAAAAAUUAAUAACAGUAUAUAUAUGUAUAAUAAUAAAAAUAUCCACAGUCUAUUCUCCCUCCCCAAACCCCUCCGUACUCCACCUUUUCCCUGUUUUCCCUCACUCUCCCCUCUUCCGUCCCUUCACCUCCCCCAGCCUCCUUCCUUACUGCCUUCGAUUCUUUCUUCCUUCCUUCCUUCCCGGCCGCAGACAGUCCCGCGGUUGAGACAUGACAAAGACUCUGCACACCCUCGCCCUGGUCCUUGUCACGCUGUAUCUCUCUACCUUCCACGGGCACGGCUCAGCGAGGCUCCCUUGGGUGUACGUCUGUGAUACGGCCGAGCUGACCGCGCACCUCAGUGAAGUCAUUCCAUUGUCAUGCUCACCCACAGACUCGGCUUGAUCCUCACUCCCUCCUUCAUUCCUUCACCUCCUCCGCCUGUUCCGCCCAUGCCUGUCUCUACCUUUGUCUGCCCUACAAAGCCCUCCUUCCCUCCCAGUCAAAGAAAACGGAUCCUUGCACUCGUCGGUGGAUACGUAAACUCUCUUAUCUUUUCUUCUCCCUUCCUCGUCCUCUCUUCCCCGUCCUCCCUUCCCCGUCCUCCCCUAGUUGUGGCGUGUCGGACAUCUCCAGCCUCCUUAGACCCCUCCGAAGCUCCCCUGUGUUGUUACUUGUACUGGAUCUAGAGAGUAACCAUAUUAUUUUGAUAUCUGUGUGAGAACCUGACUCGCUAUCUUGCACGUCUCGGCCCGGGAACAGAGGAGAAGCUAUUUUUGUACUAUUCUAUGAUAGCAGUUCCCGGGGUGAGACCUGCCUCCGCCUGCCCUGUACCGCGUGACACACCGUGAGCCGCGUCGCUCUAGUAGUAAUAAGCCAGUUUGUCAGCAGCAUCCUUCAUAAUUAAAAGAGUACCAUUGUA